GGAUUUCUUGCCAAGUGAGUGCAAAAGAAAAAGUCCCAAACCCCACCACAUACAACACUUUUGCAGUGUAUUGAGAUGCAAAGUUACGGUGGAGCACCAGCGUCAGCUGCUCCCCAACAACUACCUAAUAAAGAACAACAUCCCCAAAGAAAUCUCUAUGACGCAACGCUGCGUAAUAGCAGCGAUGGCCAGCAGCACGCAGGUGGAGUGAUUCAGGGUAGCGGCAACAGCAGCGGUGAAAAUUCGCGUUGCGAAAGUGAUGAUGAAUAUAAUAGAAACCAACCAAGGUCAGCGGCGACAGCGCCAUUGACCGCCGCUACAGCUGGUGGUGCUGUUGGUAUAGAGGCGGCCAAUGAGGGGCCAAACGUUUUUGCGCCUCAUAGAGCACAUAACACUGGUGGCGUUGAAGCCAGUGAAUUGCCCUCCAGUUCCAAUAACAUGGAAGGUUCUUCGCCUAUGGCCUCUUACAACGAGGAAAGGAUGCGUCGUAAAUUGCAAUUUUUCUUUAUGAAUCCGAUUGAAAAGUGGCAAGCGCGCCGUAAAUUUCCAUACAAAUUUGUUGUGCAGGUGGUGAAGAUCAUAUUGGUGACAGUGCAGCUGUGCCUCUUCGCGCAUUCACGCUACAAUCACAUCAACUACACCUGGGAUAAUCGCAUCGCCUUUUCGCAUCUAUUUUUGCGCGGCUGGGACUCUUCUCGUGAGGUGGAAUCCUACCCGCCUUCUGUAGGCCCCUUUGCGCUCUACGAAAAAUCCGAUUUCUAUAACACCAUCGACUAUGCGGUGCGCGGUUAUGCCAACAUGAGUCGUUCCAUCGGCCCCUAUGAUUACCCGACCGACAACAACGAGAUGGCCCCUCUGCAUCUCUGCCUCUACAACUAUCGCGAAGGCACGAUUUUCGGUUUCAAUGAGUCGUACAUUUUCAAUCCGGACAUCACUGAGUUCUGUCUGUAUUUGCCGCCAAAUGUGACCAAGAUGGGUGUGCAGGCGUAUCUCAAGCAAAGCGGCGUCGAGUUGAGUUUCUCUUCGCUGGUCAAGGCGACGCUGGUGUUCGCCAUAAAGACGAUCAAUUUUAAGGCUUACGGCGGGCCGUUGUCCGCGCCCGAUUGCUUCAAGUUCGAUGUGAGUAUAAUCUUCGACAAUCGCGAUCACGACGGACAAAUGCUGCUUUCGCUCGAUGCGGAUGCGCAGCGUUUGCGCUGCAAAGGCGAUGUUGAGUUCAUUUCGAAUGCAGAAUUUGAUGCGGCUUUGCGCAGCAUGUUGAACAUCCUGGUGCUGAUGGUGUGUUUACUGUCCUUUGCGCUGUGCUCCCGCGCGCUGUAUCGCGCCUACUUGCUGCGCUGCCAGACGGUGAACUUCUUCCGCAUGCACUUCAACAAGGAGCUGAGCUUCGACGGUCACAUGGAGUUUGUGAAUUUUUGGUACGUAAUGAUCAUCAUCAACGAUUUGCUGCUCAUCAUUGGCUCGUCACUGAAGGAGCAAAUCGAACGCAAAUUUCUAGUCGUCGAUCAAUGGGACACCUGCUCACUCUUCCUAGGCAUCGGUAAUUUGCUAGUGUGGUUCGGCGUGCUGCGCUAUCUGGGCUUCUUCAAGACCUACAACGUCGUCAUACUCACACUGAAGAAAGCCGCGCCGAAAAUCCUACGCUUCCUACUCGCAGCGCUACUCAUCUAUGCCGGUUUUACAUUCUGCGGCUGGCUCAUACUCGGCCCCUACCAUAUGAAGUUCCGCUCGCUCGCUACCACCUCGGAGUGUCUUUUCGCGUUAAUUAAUGGUGAUGACAUGUUUGCCACCUUCGCGACACUCUCAUCAAAGGCCGACUGGCUGUGGUGGUUCUGCCAAAUCUACUUGUACUCCUUCAUUUCGCUGUACAUUUAUGUCGUGCUAUCGCUCUUCAUCUCAGUCAUUAUGGAUGCAUAUGACACGAUCAAGUGCUACUAUCGUGACGGCUUCCCCAUUUCGGAUCUGAAAGCAUUCGUGGGCACGCGCAACGAGGAGGAUCUCACAUCAGGUGUGUUCAUGAACAACAUGGAUGACUUUGAUGGGAACGGUUUGCUGGAUGUGCUACGCCAAGUCUGUUGUUGUGGGCGUUGUCGGGGGGACAGUGGCGGUACAAGUGGCAGCAACGGACCCUCUGGGUACACCAGUCUAACGAGUAUUAUCAAGUGAUUGAAUGUUGUUGAGAAUAUUGAUGAUGUACAUUCAAUUGGAACUGUACUGAUGAAUGAGACGACGACGACGACGACGACGACCACGAACGAACGGAGUACGAAUUGACGCUUGGAAUGUGUUGUGACACCGCCGCUGCUGAUUUGCUGAAAUGCUAUGUUUGCAAGCGUUGUUCAUGGCAUGCAUUAGCUGAUUCAUGUAUUAUUAUUUCUUUUUACUUUACUCUUAGUCAUAUAAUAUGUAGUUUGCUUUUUUGUUGAUUUUGUUUAGUUGAAAGUUAAAUAUUUGCUUGCUGGCAAAAUAUGAAUGCUACGUACUGCAUUUCAAAGUUUGCCUUCAUACAUACAUACAUACGUAUGUAUAUCUAUAAAUCCGAAUGAGGAACAAGCAUGCUUGAAUAUAUAAAUAUGUGACGUCAGAAUAGAUCGAGUAAUAGGUUGUAGCUUCAUAUGAAACCGGGAAAUGCAUUUUUGCGCUUGUGAAGAAGAGCUUGCUGGAAAAAUGCCAGCAAAUUGAAAAUGAAGAGGGGCGCUACCGCUUUGUAAAUUAGAUUUUGUUGUGUAAAAAUCAGGGACCAAAAAUCAGUUUUACAAGCGUAUUUUGUGUCAUAGAUUAUUAAACCGGUAACAACAUUUUGUAAGUAAUGUAUCUGUGGGUAAUUUCGUAACUUUGAAACCACAUUAGGAUAAAAAAAGACAUGCUGAAGAUUGGCUGACUUCCAAAACGUCAAUUGCAUUGCCUAGUGUACAAAGUGUAAAGUUCCGUAACGCCGGACUACAAAUGGUUGACAAUGUAUACUUUUCCAAAACGUAUCCGAAAAGUUAUCAAAACGUAUCGCUAGAGCAAUCAUCGCAUCACAAACAAAGUUGAUGCUUCGUUUGUUCUUGGUUGCGAUCGGGUUUGUGAAAAUGGAAAAUUCCGAAAGGGCGUUCAGUGUUAUAUUAGGGGCAUUCUCCGAAUCUUGCAAAGCCGUUGCACGUAGCACGGAUUGCAUAACUUGCAAACAUACAACAACAAAAUACAUG